GACGGUCGUGACCCCAAUAUCCCCCGGUUCCGCAUCUCCGAGGUCCGCAAGCAUGACGGGAAAUCCGCAAAUCCCUGGGUCAUAUAUGGUGACAAGGUCUACGACAUUACCGACUGGAUUGCCGGCCACCCCGGAGGCGAGGUCAUCCUGCGAGCUGCUGGCGGUUCCAUCGAACCAUACUGGGACAUCUUCUCCAUCCACAAGGCCCAGUACAUCUACGACAUCCUCGGCCAGUUUCUCAUCGGCUAUGUGGACUCAGCCGAUUUAGUUGAUGGAAGACCUGCUCAAGAACAGAUUGAAGAUCCCUUUUCCGAUGACCCAGAACGGCAUCCUGCCCUCAUCACCAUGACGGCCAAGCCGCGAAAUGCAGAGACUCCCACAGAUGCCAUGACGGCAGAUUUCCUUACACCCAACGACCUCUUCUACGUCCGGAAUCACAUGUGGGUUCCCACCAUCCCCAAUGAUCCAGAUCAGUACACCCUUACUAUUGAGCUCGAGGAUGGCACUAUCAAGGAGUACACGCUCCACGACCUCAAGACGAGAUUCCCUGCCCACAAGGUGACGGCCGUCCUGCAGUGCUCCGGAAACCGCCGCAGGCACAUGAGUGAAGAAUCCGGACGCAAGGCAAAUGGGCUUCCGUGGAACGUCGGUGCCAUCUCCAAUGCGUCUUGGGAGGGUGUCCUCCUCUCCGAUGUGCUCGCCGACGCUGGCUUCGACGUCCCGUCCGCCCUGGCAGGUACCAGCGAGGCCAAGCACGUCCAGUUUUCCGCUCUCGAAGCAUAUGGCGCCUCAAUCCCCAUCAAAAAGGCCAUUGAUCCUCAAGGUGACGUCCUGCUCGCCUACAACAUGAACGGCCAGACCUUGCCUCGCGACCACGGCUUCCCUCUCAGAGCCAUCGUCCCUGGUCAUGUUGCUGCUCGGUCUGUAAAGUGGCUGAGCCACAUCUCGCUCAGCGACGAAGAGAGCACAAGCCAGUGGCAGCGACGAGAUUACAAGUGCUUCGGCCCCAACCAGACGCAUGUUGAUUGGGAGACUGCGCCUGCGAUUCAAGAGAUGCCCGUCCAGAGCGCCAUCACGGGAUGCAGACUCGGCAAAUGGAUCAAGCUACCCUCACAAGGUGACCAAACUAAGACUGGCAAGUCUAAGGAGGUGAAGCCAAAAUACGCACAGCAGGCUGCCCUCAGCGGAUAUGCUUAUUCUGGCGGCGGCCGUGCCAUCGUCCGUGUUGAUGUGUCUCUGGAUGGCGGCAAGACCUGGUCCCAGGCCAAGAUCCUCCCCGACUGCACCACCAAAGACGGCACGCCUUCUUCCUGCUUUGGGCAUGGCUCUUGGGCGUGGAGACGAUGGAGAUAUGAGGGUCUAGUUCCCCUCGAUGCCUUUGAGCAGGUGAAGCAAACAGCCGACGACAAGAAAGGAGACCCAUCAUCCAAGAACCAUCCCUCAUCUAAGCAUCUGAGCGCCACUUUCGUCGUCAAAGCCACCGACGAGUCAUACAACACCCAGCCCGAGAGCCACUCGGCCACCUGGAAUCUCCGCGGCAACCUUGCCACAGCCUGGCAUCGCCUCCAAGUCUGUUCCGAC